UUUCGGCGUCAAGUGGCGCGAAGACGAUAUGAGAAAGAAUUUCGAGGAAAUAUAAAAUAAUACACCCGCUCGGGGCGCGGCGUAUUGAUUUUUACUUUGGAACUUGCUCACGGCGAAAUUAUAAUUAUUUCCCCUCGAGAAGCGUCAACAAUCCAAAAAUGGAGCUGGCUUUUAAUUAAAUCCAUAAGGAGCUGGCGUGAGCGGAGAAAAACUUUGCCGGGUUAAUGAAACAAAUUGUCUGAUCACAGCUGGUGGUCGUCAGGCUUCUUUGAGGGCCAACAUUUUCCGCGCGAACUUUUCUACCGAAAAUAAACCUUGGCAUCAGCAAAGAAAGAAGGCAGGCGCUACCCACGCACACGGGACGUGGAGGCUCGCGUGGCUAUGGAAACCGAUUAGCAGCAGAGCUGAAUGAAAUGCUUAUCAGUGUAAAACAAUCCAUUUAAGAUGACUUUGACAUAUAGCUGUAACUGCACACCGCGUGCGCGACACAUCCUCUCAUUGUCACCUGCCAUGAAAAUGAAAGUGUGCGAUACUGUUUUGAAUUCACUUGUUACGAGUAUUGCUCCAUAAUUGGCGGGUGAAUAUCUCGUCGCGUAUUCUGCCCAGCCUUGGUCUAGACCAACAUAGGUAGAGGGUGGUGUCAGGUUAAUCGUGCCCCUGGGAUCUAGCCCAUUAUAUAAGCCGCCACGCCGCUGUCGAUGCUAGAAGUUAACAAGCGCUUGUCACAAGCAACUCCUCAGUCCACCAACAUGAAGUGCUUUGUGCUGCUCGCUGCCGCAUUCGCCGUGGCUGGUGCCGGGGUUGCCCCCCUGCACACCCUCGUGCGUGCCCCGGCUUAUGACAGCGCCUUCAUCAAAAGCGAGCGCGUCGGCGGCAACUUCGCAUACAAAACAAUCGAGAGCCACGCUUACGUCCUUCACACGCCCCUGGUGCAGCAGUUGGCCAUCCCCUUUUCGGUUGCCUACUCGGCGGCGCCCGCCUUCACGUACGCCGCCCCUGAGCCUUACAAUGACGUGAUCGCGCACCAGCAGGCGGAGAUUCCCGAGGUCGAGACCAGCGCCAAGAACACCGCCGCCGAAGAGGCCCCCGCGGCCGAAGAAGAAGCAGCCCCUGCUGCCGAAGAGGCCGGAAAAAUCGUGGAAGAAGUCCCCGCAGCUGGGGAGGUGGUCGACCUCGAGGAGGCCCAGCCUACCGCCGAGGGCCCUGGAAAUUCUGCCGCCUCCACCGAUGCCCCCGCGAAAGAUAACUCCAAUCAAGUCGUAGAAGUCUGAUUUUUAUCCGGCGGUUUUCCUUGGAAUGUAUUACCAGUGCAAAUUGUAAUUUUAGACAUUUUCAUUGAAUUUAUUUAUGGAGAACAGGAUUGAUUCAUUCUUAAUUGCUAGAAAUGAGAAAUAAAAUUAUUAAAUACCUGUAAAUAAA